ACAAAAAGGCCAACGGCGACAUCCAGUGGCAUAUGCCGAUGUGCAUGACUUCCGUCAGCGAGCACGUCGGCGACGUUGCUGUUGACGGAAAAAUUCCGCUGUUAUGUGAAUCAGCUGUGCUACGCCGACUGUUGUCAGCAAGAGUUUGCUUAGUUUAGGUCCACAUAACGCGACCCUGGUCCGGUGGAAAAGGUACCCAAGAUGUCGUGGAUCAAACAAACGAAGCUUACGUGGUUACAAUCAGUCGCCGUCCGUGUUCUAAAAGCUGGAAAGGUGCCGUCGCACUUGGCUGUCAUCAUGGACGGGAACCGGCGUUUCGCCAGGAAGCAAAACAUGCGCUCUGUGGAGGGUCACGUCCAAGGAUUUGACAAAUUAGCCGAGGUCCUUUAUUGGUGCUCCGAGUUGGGUGUCACCGAGGUUACAGUCUAUGCAUUUAGCAUCGAAAAUUUCAAGAGAUCCAAGGACGAAGUGGAUGGCCUCCUAGACCUGGCUCUUCAGAAACUGCAAAACAUGUUGAAAGAAAUGGACAAGAUCCACGAGCAUGGAGUUUGCAUCCGCGUACUUGGGAAUUUAUCCUAUUUACCAGUGGAGUUGCAAAAAGUCGUUGCCGAAGUUGUGCACCAAACGCAAGUGAACUCAAGGUGCUUUCUCAACAUAUGCCUGUCGUACACUUCCCGGGACGAAAUAUGCAAGGCAAUGCAAGAAUUGGCCACUGGAGUUGAGAAAGGCAUCUUGUCGCCAAAUGAUGUCAGCGAACCUGCCCUGAGUCAAGCCAUGUACAGUCGCAAGAGUCGGGACCCCGAGCUGCUCAUUCGAACAUCAGGGGAAGUUCGCCUGAGUGACUUUAUGCUGUGGCAGAGCAGUAGAUCUGUUAUCGAAUUCACGACAGUACUCUGGCCCGAAUUCACCAUAUGGCAUCUGCUUGCCGCAAUUCUCUGCUAUCAACGACAAUGUGGCCUUUUGGAGACAUUCAAGAGUGCAAGACCAAGGGAGUGGCAGAGUGCAGAUGACCAGAGCUUGCAGAGGUUCAUAGACGAUGUGGAGGCAAGGUGGCAAGAAAGGCUGCGGCUCAUGAGGCUAGGCCAGACAGCACAGGAAGUUGUUGUCACAUGAGACCAAUGCCAUGUA